UUUAUACAUACUUAAAAAUUAGGGCGCAAAUCAAAAUUGAAAGCGAAAAAAUUAACCCUGAAAAUUGUUAGUGGACCACGGUUGAGGUGGAGGUAAUUAGGAAAUUACCAUUAUCAACAUAUAUCACUAUAGAAACAUGACUAUUACAGAAUUAGCAAAGCAAUGGCAAACUGUGAUACAUCAUAAACCACCCAUUGAGAAAGAUCCCACCUCAAAUGAUUUACUUAUUUUAAUCCCGGGUAAUCCUGGACUCGUUAAUUUUUAUAUAUGCUAUUUGGAUUUAAUUCAACAACAAUUUCCAAAUUUUGAAAUAUUAUGUAUUAGUCAUGCUGGAUGUGAUCCCAACAGUUAUGAAUUAUUCAAAUUUUAUGGGUUAAAAGAUCAAAUCGUAUCAAAAUAUGAAAUCAUUAAGAAAUUUGUUAUGGACAAUGAAUAUUCUACCAAAUAUAAUUUAUAUUUUUUAUCCCAUUCAGUGGGAUGUUACAUUAAUCAAAGAAUGGUGAAAUUAUUACUCGAUGACAUGAGUCUUGUGAGUCAUGUUGAUAUCAAAUAUGUGGGCUUAAUAUGUCCAACAAUUAAGGAUAUUUCGAAAUCAGUGUCAGGCGUUAGAAUCACAAAGUUAUUUAAUUAUACUCCUAUAAUUACUGUAUUAUCAAUAUUAAGUUCGGUGCUUACCAGGUUAUUGUCCGAUAAUUAUUUAUUAGGGAUCAUUGAACAUUACCACAUUAUUAAAAAGCCAGCCUUGGUGGAUUUUGUGUCUCAAUUAAACUAUACCAAUUCAACUUUAGGAGCUUUGAAUAUUGUUAGUAAGUCUCAUAUAGUUAAACAAGUGUUAACUUUAGCUUGUGAAGAGAUGAAGUUAAUUAAUGAAGAGAAAGAUAUAAAUGAUUGGUUCUUUCAUGAUUUAGGGUCAAAAGUAAAAGUAUGGGUUUAUUUUGCUGAUUCAGAUCAUUGGGUUAAUGAUAAGACAAGAGAUGAAUUAAUAAAAGAUUAUUACGAUGAAGAUAAUCAUAACAAUAUUAGGUUUGAAUUAGGUAAAUCAGACGAUGGGAUUACUCAUAGUUUCUGUAUUGAUAAAAGUGUUGAGUUUGCAAGAAUUACAACAAAUGCCAUAAGACGAUUAAAUUAGAUUUAUAGAAUUAGAUAGAAACAAUGUACAAGUUACUAUAGUAAAAAUAAU